AUGUUCGACCCUGCGCCUCGCUGUGGUCCCCCGAGCCCUCGCUCCGCUACCAUCCACUACCGCGCCCCGACCUCGCCUCUGCCACUCGUGCGCGCGCGCCCGACCUCAUCCGCGCCCGCCUGCUCGUGCGCUCGCCGUAGCCGCGGUCAGGGCCCUGCUCCAGCCGCGCACCUCACCUCGCCGCCUCUGUGUGGCCGCGCCCCGUCGCGGUUCCCCGCACACCCGCGCGCGCCUUGCCCUGGCUCCGCCCAGCUUCUGCUCGCCGCCAAGACGCGCCCGCGUGCGAACCACGUCGGCCCGCCGCGCGUGCCCCGCGGCCUCUACCGGCCGCGCGGCCGCUGCCCGAUGCUCCACCCUGCCGCUGGCCUCCUGCAGCCACCACCGCCGCCCGCGACUGCCGGCGCCGUCCACCGCUGCUGGCCGGCGCCCAGGUCUAGUCGCCCGCGCCCCGGCGCUGGCUUGCGUCGUGCGCGCCCCGUGCCCGUUCGGGCUACGCCCGCACCCAGCGCCCGCUAA